AUGAAAAAACUAACCAUAUUAUUUGCUAAAAGAUUAGAUUAUGAAAGCUCGUCGAUCUUAUUUUCAGAUUUUUGUAAAGAUUGCAAUACAUCGAAAAUAGCUUAAAGCUUAUCAAGUCUUACAAAUUUAUCAACUUUUGAGCUUCAAUUAGUUUUGAAUAGCUUUGACUAACAGAAAACUUUAGGAAUUUGCUCUGUAUUAGAAAACUGCAAGAAUUUAUCAACUUUAAAACUUUAACUGAAUGACAACGAAAUUACAGAUGAUAUUUUAUCUUAAAUGUGUUAGUCUUUGUCUUCCUGCAAGCAUAUUUUACAUUUAGAACUAUAUUUAGAUUGUAACAGUAUCAGUGAAUAAUCUGUAACUGAAUUAGGCUCUGCUUUAUCAAAGUGCUUUAACCUUAUUUCUUUAGAAUUUUGGCUUAACGAUGUAACAAUAUUUGCGUUUGCCAGAUAUUUGCCAAACAUGAUUAAUUUAAGAAAUCUGAAGCUUCAUCUAGGACAUGAUUCUGUUUCUGAAGAUUAAUAAAAAUAGUUAUCAAUUUUUGUUCUAAAAUUGAAGAAAUUAGUAUAAAAACAAAUUACCAUAUAUUGA